GCCGCGGCCGCCCGGGGCCUCGCCCUCUCGCUCUGCUACGUCAUGCACGCCGACUGGUUCAACGACGUCUGCGACGUCGACGUCGACGCGAAGAACAAACCGGAGCGCCCGCUGCCGUCGGGCGCCUGCAGCCGGGCGCAGGGCCUGCUCGUCGCCGCCUUCUACGGGUGCCUGGGCCUGGGCGUCACGCGGACGCCCCCGGAGCCGGCGCUGCGGCGCGCCUACGCCGCGGCCUUCGCCGCCAUGGGCGCCGCCGCCUUCCUCUACUCGGACGACCGCCUGCCGACGCGCCGCCUCGCGCGGCGCGCGCCGCUGGGCCGGGCGCUGGCCUUCUGCGGCAUCUACGCGGCCUUCGACGCGCUCAUGUACGUCGAGGCCUGCGACGCGCUGGGCCUCGCCCCGGCGCCGUUCGCCGCCAACCCGCUCUUCGGCGCGUUCCUCUGGGCCGCCGCCGCGACGGUCCCCUGGAACCUGGCGCUCCUCGUGGCGAAGGACCUCGGCGACGUCCCGGGUGACGCCGCGGCCGGCCUCCGGACGCUGCCGGCCGCGCUGCCGGACGACCGGAGCGCGGGGUGCCUCGUGCUUGCCCUGCCGGGACCCGAGUGGAAAUAUCGCGUGGACCUUCGUGAACCUCCACGCCACGCCAUCGAGCAGACGCGGUCACGGGGACAACGUCGCGUCGAUGGCGUGGAGGUACGCUUUUACGCACCUCGAAGGCAACGUCGUGCGCUUCGCUCCACUCUACCAGCAGUACAACGGCGGCGCUGCGAUGAAGACGCACUGGAUGAAAAACCGCAAUGCGACGAUCUUCGAGCCCCCGCACCGGAAGCGCCGGGGCCGGGUCUCGCAGAACUACCGGGACGAGCUGCAGAGAAGGCGGGCGAAGAAGGCCCGUGGGGCGCCCGAAAUUUGAUUUCCACACAGGCUGGGACUAGUCCGCGUGAUAGACGCCGCCGGACACGUCGCCGGCGCCUACGCGCCGGCCGUGGACCUCGGGCCCCUGGGCCGCGUGCCCGUCCAGGCGCCCGCGCUCCUCCUCGACGGCCUCGCGCUCGGCUACUACGCGGCGGUCGCGCGGACCCUCGACCUCGACGGCUCGCGGGCGAAGCGAUCCGCGUUCCUGGGCCGCUUCUGGCGCCUCCAGGCAGGGUGCCUCGCGCUGGCAUUUUACGAGCACCGCGCCCCCCAGACCGGAGCUUCGGAUUGACGGUAGAGAAUUCAUUUACUAUUAUCAUUUUACCAACAGCCGCCACACGUGAGUCAGGGCUCGAGCCGGGGACCCCGGCGUCGGGGCCAAGUUCGGGGCCUAGGCCCGACCCCCUCGCUUUACGCCGUGAAGGCCGGCCGCGAAGCGACGCACUGGCCCGAGGCGUCGAAGAGGCCCUGCCGGUCGCCGGCCGGCCGCUUCUGCACGAGUGGGGCCUCGACGGGUGCGCAGACGUGGUAGCACAGGACGGCGCCCAGCCCGAACGCCGCGGCGCACGCCAGGAGGCCCGCCACGACGAUGAGGCCGAUCAGGUUGUCGUCGUGCUCCCGCUCGGCCCGCUCCUCGCUCGCGUACUCGGGCCGCUCGUCCGCGAGGAAGAGGACGCACGCGACGACGCCGAAGCCGAGCGUGCCGACGACGUUGAAGAUCCACUGCUCGCCGCGCUCCUGCGGCAGCAGCGCGCCGGCCCAGCAGAGCGCGCACAUGGCGAUGAAGAAGAAGCUGAGGAGGAAGACGCCCAGGCCGACGCCGAGGACGCGCUCCUUGCCGGCGCGCCUCAGGCCCUGCUCCUCGGCCGCCGCGCGGCACGCGCAGAGGAGGACGGCGCCGGCCCAGCGCCGGCGGAGGCCCAUGCUCGCGGCGCCGGCGGGCCGGACGGGGCAGCGUGGGCGUUUUCGCGCCAUUUCAGGGGGGGUGAAAUUUUACCUGCUAGACACCAUGUCGAACCUACUAGGGGGGUAGGUAGGUAGGUCACUGCUGAGAUUCUGUUUUUACCAAUAGAGGCUUUGCGUUUCCGCGCGCGCGGUUGACCGCCGCGGCACGGCGCACGCGCACGAACGCGUGAUAUGAUGCGCCAGUGAAUGGAGAAAGGUUUGGGGUCGCAGGGGCGCCACAAGCGACGCCUGGAACGUCGAAACUAUUUUCGUGUUUUGCUAAAAAUGCUAAAAUUUUAAUUACUUUUAAAGCAAUUAAAGCCAAUAGGCGCACCCCCACGGGCUGUGCGGUUCAUUUCCACCCUUUUUCAGACGCGCAGGACGUCUUCCGGCCGAGAUAGGUAGGUAGGUAGAUCUGCCUGGCAGAUUUCCGGUUUUGGUCAUGGUGUAUGGUACCGUCCCCCCCCCCCCUUGGCCGUUACCUAUUCGUAUACGAGCUGUAGCUCUUGGAAGGGGGGGGGGGAAGACGCGUCUUCUCGCGGCCUGCUUCAGGCGAAAACUGAGCUUGAACUUGACGCCGUAUAGCACGGGUCCCGUGGACCCCUGGGAUAAUUAAUCUUAAGCUUAGGUCUUUCUUCUUGGGUCUUGUUCUUUUGUGUAUUCUUGGGUGGGCGUCCUAGCCCGAGCCUGAUCCCGUCGGCGCCACCUCCGUCUACCGUCUGGUGGCCUUCCUCUCGCGUCCACUCCGGCUUCUUCCGCUGACGACGAACGACAACUCCAUAUCCUCCUCCGAGACGAUCGCAGCCGCGUGCACGAGGUACUGCACGUCGACGAGCUCCACAAAGACGGUUGAAAGACCUUCUCCGUACCUUGAGGCGCCUCGACGCGACGCUCGAGCGAGUAGCAGACUGCGGCUCGCUGCGACAACUUUGCGUUGUUCCGUCUCAUCACUCCCAAGAAGAAGUAUAGUUGAGCACCAAAUUACCAGGGUAAUUACCGGCAAUGGUAAUUACCGGUAAUUACCGACCCUGAGAUUUCGCUACCGGGUAAUUGCUCAACUAUAAGAAGAAGCGCGUCGCCGGCUCCUUCGUACGUUAUCGCGGCCUUCUUCGCCGUCGACCGCUCCCGAUUCCUUAUUCACCAGAAAUAUACGACAGGACCAGGGGGUCUGCAGCCGGACCCGUCCUAGAGCAACUUGGACAGCCGACGCCACCCUCGGCCCGAGACCGUCCCAGGAGGAAAUAACUUGGUCUUGCUUUGGGGCCACGUCGUCUACAGCGUCGGACCAGCGAGGUACAGAUCGUCACCGGGGGUCAAGCGCUGGAGUCUUGGAGCCAACCCGACACAUCAACCUCUUUUGGGGGUGUGCCAGUGGGGCUCUAUAGACGGCGGCCCGAGGCGAGGACUAUAUUCAGUAGGACGAGGGAGGAAGCCGGUUACUGAGGCGAGGUACGGCGGCGGGAGGGGUAGGCACGCGCGUCAGGCCUCACGGUCGGGCGCGGCGGCCUUCUUCUUCGACUUCUGCGCGGGGAUCAUGGAUUUUGGCAUGAGCAAAGCGGUCGUUGACGGACGGGCUAUCUGGGUCCGCCGACGGCGGAAACUACGACGAAGGAAAACCAUGGACCGGUGAGUCGACCGUUGCGGGCGCGGAUAUGAAGGCACCUCGCGGGACGCGGGAGUCUGACCUUCUUCUUUUUGCGGUUGGCCGUCGCCGGCGCGUCCGCCGCCCCGCCGGCGGCGGCGGGCGGCGGUGCGCUCGAGUCGGCCGGCGCGUCGAUUGGCGGCGCGGGCGGCGCGCCGUCCGCGUCCAGGAGCUCCCGCGCCGGCGGUGGCAGGCCGCCCGUGUCGGCGCAGUAGCGCAGGAAGCCCAGGUAGGCGCGGCGCACGGCCUCGUCGGUCUGGCGCGCGUAGAGCUCGAGGCCCGCGAUCUCGUCGGGCGCGCGGCCGUAGGCCGCGCCGUCGACGCCGACCUGCACCACGAGCAGCGUCAUGUUGUCCUUGGAGUGCAGGUCCCGCAGGCACGCGCCCAGCACGCGCGCGCAGACGUCGCCGACGUCCGCGCCGCCGUCGAGCGCCGCCGCGACGGCGCGGCAGAGGCCCUCGUUGCUCAUGACGUCGAAGACGCCGUCGCAGGCCAGGAUCAGGAGGUCGCCGGCGCGGAGCUCCGCGCCGUAGAACUCGGGCGCGCAGCUCACCUUCUGGUCGCCGGGCGCGAGCCGCCCGUCGGCCUUGUAGGCGAAGUCGCCCAGGCCGCGCGACACGGCCAGGUUCCCGUCGAGGCGCGCGACGGCCGGCGGCGCCGCCGCGGGCCGGCGCGCGGCGUCGGCGUCGCUCACGAAGCCGCCCGCGCGCCUGCGCGCAGAAUCGGUCGGCGCGUCGCGCGCGCCGCCCCCGCGACGGACGCGCCGCGACGAUCCGAUCUCUGCGCCGCCGCGCGCGCGAUGCGAGCGAGCUCGUCGGGCCGGUCGGGCUUGUGGUCCUCGCUCGCGACGAGGGUCUCCGCGCCGCCGGCGCCCGGGCGGAAGAGGAGGCCCCGGCUGUCGCCCGCGUUCGCGACCCACGCGUCCCAGGUCGGCGCGCCCGCGCCCGCCUCCUGCGGCCGCCGGCGCAGGCCCGCCACGACGCACGUCGUGCCGCUCUGGUCGCGCUGGACGGCGGGGACCGUCCGCAGCCACGCGUCCGUCUCGACGAACGCGGCCGUCACGGCGGCCUCGUCGAGCGCGCCGCCGGCGGCGGUCGCGCGCCGCAGCGCCGCCGGCAGGCGGUCGUGCGCCGCCUCGCGCGCGGCCGCGCGGCCGCCGUGGCCGUCGAGCACGCCGAAGAGGCUCGUGCCGUCCUCGCCGCCGUCGGCCACGAAGUGCGCGUCCUCAUGGUCCGCGCGCCAACCUUGCAUCUCCGCGGCCGCGCCACGCCAGCCGGCGCCGCCGCAGCGCUGCACGCGGAUCAGCUCCACCGGGGCCGAGCUGAUCUGCCCCAUUUCGCUUUGGCUGAAGCCGGUGGAAGUCUUCGGGGUUUAGAGACGUCGCGCGGCGGCUCGUUGCUCGGCCGCGGCGUUUUUGGUCAGUGGAGCGGUGGAAGCCUUUGCGGUACAACCGAGCGCGGCGCCGGCGCGCGGGCGCCCGCAGCUUCUCUUGCGCUUGAAUCGCGCGAGCAGACAAUCUUCAGGCGCAUAAGCCCAAUUGGAUAAGUGUAGGCUCCAGGAGGGGCUUAACCAUAUAGACAGGCGUUAAAGGGUAAAUUAUAGUAUGGGGGAAGCCUUAAGCCAAAAUAUGUCAAUAUAGAGAGCGACUUUGCAGACACCCCCUAUUUCGAGCCCGCGUGCGCGCAUAAGCCCAAUUGGAUAAGUAGCCAUAUGGCGAUCUCAUAGGAUGGACCUCGGUCGCCGCCUACACCGUAUUCGGGGAGAUCGUGGCCGGAAGUAGAAUUCUGGUUGCUGAAUAUCCUUCAAAGCCUGGAGGGUCUGGUAUUUGGUACAUAUUGCCAAAUGGAAUCAAGCAAAUUGCUUUCCCCAAGGCAGAGCUAGAAGCCUUUUUUAAAAGCCAGAAUUUGGACAUAGAAAUCCAAGUGAAUGAUGGUGCUGAAUUCGAGCGAUUGAUUUGGACAGAAGAGGAUUUUACUACGUUAUCCCUGGCGGCGGCGGCGUAACCCGGUGAUGUCAUUAUCGUCAUUAUCGUCAUUAUCGUCAUUAUCGUCAUUAUUUCCAUUUGCACAAGCACAUGCUUUCGCCAAGCUUUUGUACAGGAGACAAGAGAUUUCAAAAACACUGGCACUCAGGCUCUUCCGAAGUUCGUCAGUAGUAGGCGGAACCUUGUGGGCCCAUAACCUAGCAAGAGUAUGUCGCAGCGUUAUGUAAAGUAGCAGGGUCCUAGCUCGCCGCCAGAGGCUGGGCCAAACCCGCUACGAGAGUGUUUUAUUAUAAACUGGUUUACACUGGGGCGUUAUUAAGUCUCCAGAGUAGAGUACCGUAGGCCAUAGGCAGACGGCAGCUUUUCAAACUCAAGUUAGCCUCUUAAGCGGGAGCCCGGUGGAGGGGCCGGCGCCAAAAAAUCGCCAGCGGAGGUCACACUCUCGCGACCGCAAAUUUGACGCAGUAAAUCCAGUCGGGCAAAGAUAUUAUCAUUCAAAAAACACAUCGCGAGAAAACAUGGAGGAGCCGGAAGAUGCCGGCGCGCUUCCCGGCCGCUGGGUCGAGGUGUACUGGGCCGGCGAAGCGCAAUGGUAUCUCGGCAAAAUAGAGGCGGAGCGCGAUGCCAAGCUCAAAAUCGCCUAUACUGAUGGGGAAACGCACUAUCAAAUAUUGCAGGAAGAACCAUUCCGCGCCGGCGCCGACGUGCCGUGCGACAGCGGCGACGGCGAGCCCUGGCGCCCGGCCGAGCCGGCGCCGCCCAAGAAGCGCGCGAAGACCACGACCGCGGCGCCCGAGAGGCGCGCCAGGACCACGGAUUCGGCGAAGCCCUGCGGCCCGCCCGAGGACCAGCGCCUCUGCAAGCUCGUUUACCAGUUCCUGUACCACCGCGCGACGACGCGGCGCCUCAUGUACCCGUCGGAAGCCGUCGUGAGCGCCGACGGCAAGGCGCUCCCGGCAGCGGUGUUGCCGAAGGCGGGCAAAGACGGCUUCGACCACGGCCCGCUGAUUCAGAGCCUGUGCAAGAUGGGCAACGUCGGCCGGGGCCUCGACUCGGGCACGGUCACGAUGGGCGACUUCGUCCGCGCGAAGCUGGAGCACGCGGGGAUAGAACAGGGCAGCGACGCCUGGGUCGGCCAAGCCGUAUUAAUGUGCGUCCACGAGAUGGACAACUGGCUCCUCGGCGUGAACAAGGCCUGGACGGCGACGACGCCGGAGGGCGGGUUCCGCGCACCGUCGAAAUUCGGCGGGCUCGGCGGCGCGAACUUUCCGUCGUCGCGCGAGGAGGUCGUGAGCUUCGUGGCCUUCGCGGAGCGCCUCUGGGACCUCGACACGCCGAAGUUCGCGGGCUCGUUCCAGAACCAGGGCAAGCGCCUGUUGAAGUACCUGCCGGCGCGCCUGUACGAAAUCGACAAGGUCGUCGCGGCGUUGAGGGCGGCCCGGUCCUGGAAGGACGCGUGCAAAGCGGUCUUGACCUUGUCCGGCGUCGGUGAUUACGUGGGAGGACAGGCCUUGUGCACGUUCUUCUUCGGGGUCUGCGAGGGCGACGUCUCGAGAUUUGCGCCGAACCUCGACGCCACGACGAUGAAGUCGUUUUGCCUGUGCGGGCCGGGCCCGGAGGGCGUCGUAAAAAAGAUGUGGGGGGGCGUGCAGCUCGGCAAGAGCGAGGCGGUAAAACGCCUCGCGUGGUUGGCCGAGAACUCCGAGGCGCAGUUCCAGGCGCUGGGGCUGCGCUUCCCCUUCCAGCGGGACGCCGACGGCGCGCGCAAGCGGCUCACCGCGGUGGACCUGGAACAUGCGUUGUGCUACUUCUCGCGCUACCUCUCCGCGCACGAUUCCCUGAAGGCCGCCGGCGCGCGGAUCGUCUACGACAAGCUCGCGGGCCCCAUCGCCCGCGACGAGUGCCCGCGGCCGUCGAUCAAGUGGUUCGCGAAGCUGAAAGAGAAAACGGCCGCCGAGCGCUGCGACAAGUGGCUCGCGGACGCCGAGGCCGGCUUCCAGGAGGCCUUCACCUCGUAG